AACCGUAACGAACUCUGCAGAUUGUAAAGAGAACUUGAACCUGUUCUAUCGAGUUUAACGUCUAAUUUACUCCCAUAGUCGUUUCCCGAACCUCGGUCACCGCUCGGGUACAUCACUAUUCUCGCCCGUACUGCGUCCACUACCACUAUUCAUUCCAGCUCCACUGCAUCUCAAAGAACAAUAUCGCGCAAUAGCUUUAACGGGAUAUUUCCAGCUUGUAGCUCAUGAUUUGAACCGUCAGGCUCACAUUUGAGUUGAGGGUGCUUUGCGAGAUCGGGCAUGUGGGGACCCAGCCGACCAAUCACAACAUCUUACUUUGUUCUAUGAAAUUCAGGCGGAAACCAAGGCACGGAAUCGAAAAAGAAGGCUACACUUGAAGGUUUAGUCAUGAACUCCGGAGAUCUGCUUCAAUCGCGCUUUGCUCAGGCUUUGAAGAAUCAGCAAGGCCAAGGGCCGCACCCCUGCCCAUACCCGGGUCAUGGCGGACGCAUGUUCCAAGAUUUUCAGCAGUUCCUGGAUCAUGCGAGAAUCGAGCACCGCUCCGACUUUGAAGGUCUGGACACACGCCAAUCACGUGCUAAACUUCGAGAAUUGUCGAUAAGGUUCAGAUCUGAUCACUCGUCCGUAGCAACGGCAGGAGAUCGAUCAGCGCCUGACAUAGGAGGUCUCACUCUGGAGUCGGAAAAGGAGCCCCGUCGAACUUCGCCGACAUCUGGACGGAAACGCUCUGCUCCCACAGAGCACGAGUUCACUGGCCGCAAGGGCAAGGCUCCCACUCACGUGGAAGUGGUUGAUUCCGAUUACUCGAGGCAUAUCCCACACACCAUUGUCCCAGAUCGGUUAAAGACACCAAAGUCACAAGAUCCUCGUCUAUUUGAUCAUAAGCUUAGUCCGAGAGGUACCUCAUCGCCGCACCCAACAACGCCCGAGCCCUCCAGUGCAUGGUCAACCGAUGUCACUAAGAGCAGUAAAUUGCCGUCUCCGCAACCUCAGUCUUCCGAGCGUCAACAGCAGCAGACAACUUCCAAGCCUCAACAGUCCCAACGCCAACCCGGUGUCCUUCAUCUUCCACGUACUGAUCCUCGGUAUCCCAAUUUGAUUCUACAGCCCGACAGCAGACCUAUCUCACAAGAAGAGCUUGCGUCUGAAGUGAAGUCGAUUUAUGCUGGCCUAAUAAUGGUAGAGAACAAAUGUAUGCAUGUCGACCGCGCUCAAGCUGCCGCCGCUGCCCAGGAAGGUGAAGCUAAGACCAAUCUCGCUUCUGACCAUUGGCAAGCUUUGAUUGCACUCCACCGUACUUUGCUACAUGAGCAUCACGAUUUCUUUUUGGCUAGUCAGCAUCCCUCCUCGUCGCCGGCGCUACGUCGUCUUGCAGCACUUCUCUACGAGACGGUCCCUGCUUUCGAGGAUACGUGGAUCGAAUGCCUUGGGGAUCUUGGACGUUAUCGCAUGGCUAUUGAGGAUGAGGAUGUCCGCGAUCGUGAGACGUGGGCGGGAGUGGCACGCUCCUGGUACAUCAAGGCUGCCGACAAAAACCCCACGGUGGGGCGAUUGUACCAUCAUUUGGCUAUUCUGGCACGACCACAUCCACUGUUGCAGAUGUACUACUACUCCCGGUCUUUGGCUUCCGUUAAGCCGUUUGAGAACGCCCGUGACUCGAUCAAGACACUACUGGAUCCACUCGUUGAAAAGGCGAAUCACACUUCCCGGGAACAUCUUUCUAACGACGACUUCUUUAUCUUGGCACAUGCCUCGCAGUUUGACCACACUUCUAUCGAGAAAGAUGCGUUUAGUAUGGACAAGUCCACAGCCAAGUUUCUAACACCCAAGGUAGCCUUUUUGGAGAAGUUGGAUAUACACAUCGGUCGCGUCACUGCAAAGUGGAAGGACCUAGGUGUCUACGUGGCCGUUGCCAACAUCGCGGGAUGGUUUGAUUAUGGAAAGGACAAAAACCUCAUUCGACACGCCUUUCUCCAGCAGCUUUACCCACCAAUUGAGUUCUCUAAUACUGAGAAUCCUGUAAAUGUGGAAGCCAAACAGGAACCUAUCACUCGAUCGGACCAACAGAGUGCCUCAAAGAAAAGGAAAGAGUAUGAAGAAGAGAAAAUCCCAGAAACGUCCAAGGCGUGGUUAGAAGCGAGAUCCCGCAUUGAAAAAGAUUGUCAUCUCAAAAACGCCAGACUCUUCACCAACGAGACGUCCGCCAUGGUUUUCCGCCGACUUGGCGACAAGAACGUCUUUCCUCACGUGCAUGUCAUGCUCGCAUUUUUUUCCAACCUUGCUUCCAGCACAUACGUUUCCUUUCUUGUUGCCGACGCUCCCUGGACCGAACUCGUUGCUUUCCUGAAUACGUUGAUCAAGAAUGAGACUAGACAUAGUCAGUCAGCAAACAAAAAACUAAACAUUGAUACGUUAUUGGCCACCGACGUAUUCCCCCGCGAGGGCGAAAGGGACGACGAGUUGCCGUUGCCAGAGGACUACCACAUCCGAGGUCAGAUCUGGGCACAACAUUUUCCCGAUAAGUGGUUCGAGAGGGAGCGUGAUGAGGAAGAGCGGUAUCUGGAGUUGGCGAGUACGGCAAAGAAUCGAGUGGAGAGGAUUCUCAGACUCGCUUUUUCUAUUGCAAAGGUCGGUUUCUCUGUUGUUUUUACUCUUGUUUAUUUCUAA